AUGCUGGCCGGCCGGGCGCCGCCGGGCGCUGCGGACUGCUGCCGCCGCCUCCUGGCGACGACUCUGGCGGCGGGGCUGCGGCCGCUCCUGUGCGGGCUGCCGCUUUGCUGGGCGACAGCGAGGCGGGCGGCGGGGCAGUGGCCGAGCCCGGGCCUGCGGCUGCCGGAGGUGGCGGAGGCGGAGCGGCUGGUGCAGCAGGCGCAGCGCAGCCGUGCGUCGCUCCGCCGCUUCAUCGCCUGCCCGCAGCUGGCGCGCACCGUGCAGCGCUGCCUGCAGAGCGGAACCGGCCCCGGCCCCCAGCCCGUCCUGCUCGAGUUCGCGCCCGGUCCUGGAGUCUUGACCCGAACUCUGCUCAAUGCAGGUGUUAAAGUGGUAGCUCUAGAAAGUAACUCAGCUUUUCUUCCAAACUUACAGUCCCUAGAGAAUAGCCUGGAUGGACAAUUAAAGGUAAUUUAUGGUGACUUCUUCAGACUGGAUCCUUUGGUACCUGGAACUCUGAAACCACCUGCUAUGUGUUCUAACAAACUUUUUGAAACCAUUGGUGUAGCAGCAGUUCCUUGGAUGGCAGAUGUACCUGUGAAAGUUUUUGGAAUCUUACCACAAAAAAAGGAAAGGAACAUGCUUUGGAGGCUUCUUUUUGCCCUGUAUGAAUGCAAUUCCAUAUACAAAUACGGAAGAGUAGAACUCAACCUCUUUAUAAGUGAAAAAGAGUACAAGGUAUUAACAGCAAAGCCUGGGGAUCCGAGGGCUUACCAAGCACUCACUGUACUUUGGCAACUAGGAUGUGAAAUUCAGCUACUGCAUAUGGAACCUUGGUCAUCAUUUGUAACUAAUUUGAAAAAUGGGGGAUUGUGGAUACCAAAAAGUGUGUUUCUGCCAAAUGACCAUUUAUGUUUGGUACGACUGACUCCUCAGCAAAAUCUGUUUACAGGAGGCUUGAAGCCCACAAAUGCAACUACCUUUAUUUUCAUGGUGAAACAGUGUCUUGCUAAGCCUAAGUCUAGACUUACUGAUAGAUUACAAUCAUGGAGCUUGGAUGAUGCUGGGAAAUUACUGAGACAGCUAGAAAUUCCAAGGAAAGCUCAAGCACGUGACUUGUACCCAGAAGACUAUAAGCAUCUUUUUGAGGCUUUGCAAAACUCUAAUUUGUUUAUUGAAACCUGGUUCCACGAUGAAGCCUUGGAAAGUAUAAGGAACAUAAACUUAUAAAUCUAAAGCUGCUGUCUUUUGGAAGAUCACCUUUGCUUCUGGAAGAUUACUUUGAUAAGAAAUGAUUUAAGUACAAUCGGAGGUACUGUUAGCUAGAUGACUUCCUGUCCAAACAGGAAAAUAAUUUAGCAAGUAACAAGAGCCCUUCUACACAGAAUGAAAUUAACAGAUUCACAGUUGUUUGAUUACAAUCCUAUCUAGAAUGGACAAACUUUGUGAAUUUUCCAGGAGUGUAUUAGUGGCCUGCUGCUUUUGGAUGUGCCAGUUUAAAGGAACUUUUUGUUACACUGCUGUAUAUUUAAAACAUUUGAAAAAAAUACCAGACCAGAUAUCUUUACUUGUGUGGUUUGUAUUUUAGUGCUCAGUGACCUUAACGCCCUUUCACAGAUUCACAAAAUACAUAGGUCUUUCCAACAACUGAAUCUGUUAUAUUGUCUCCUGACAUAAAAACCUUGCAGUCUAGAGUCAAUAUAAUUUCAAUAAAUCAAUAGUAGUGGGUUAAUAGGUGACAAGGUAAUGACAGCACUAUAAAACACCAACUGAGAGUUGUUUGGUUUUUUUUUUCUUAAACAUGGUUAUAUGUCUGGGGAAAAAAGAUGUAACAAUUCUUUUUUUUGAAAACUUGAAAAGAGCAUUGGGUACCCUGUUCUAGUUCACAAUAUGCAAACACCUGUAUGUGUACAGGCUUUAUCUUAUUUUAGGUCUAAAAGCAAAAUCCUCAGAACAUUCAGUGCUGCAUAAACAGUUUCGGAAAAAAUCCCAAACAUCGUAUCUGCAACCUCUGUCAAUAUCUAUUUUUUUAAUGUGUAUUAUAUGUACAAAAUAACUUACUUCAAAGCCAUAUGCUAGUAAAAUUCUCUUUUUAGACAUAGUACCCUGUAAUGCAACCUGUUCCUAGUUUCUCUUUGUGUCUUACCAUGUAACUGUUCUGUUGUUGUCCGACAGUGCUGGCAGGCUAUACUAGUUCUGUGUUGUAUACUGUUUCCUCUGGGAAGACCUGUGGCCAAAAAUAAGCUUUUUUUUUUUUUUUCUUUUAGCAGAGCUAAAGUAAAGGCUGAGCUGUUUUUAGGUUUUGAAAGACAGCAGUGACUGAAACAAUGCAAACACAGAAUUUUAUUUCUUAAACGUAGUGUGAGGUAUAGAUGUGACAAGUGUUCAUCUCUGUCUUCCUCCAGCAGUUCCUGCUGCAGAAGAAAAAUUGACUUCAGGCAGCCCAAGUUCACUCUGCUCACUUGGCUGCAGAUUUUGCUUAAGCUGACAAUAAGCCUUGGUAAUGUGGUGAAACUGCUGGAAAGACUGAGGUUUGAUUUGCAGUCUGUCUCAGAGCGUUAUUGGUGUUCUGGUGUAGGUCAUGAAGAUUUGAGGCUUUCUUUCUGUUUAUAUCUCUUACUGUUUCAGAUAACUGGCAUUUUAAAUUGACUGUGAGUGGCAAACUUGCAUUAACAGAGGCAAAAUCCACCUAUUUUCAAUCUCGGUAGAUGGCAACUGUCUUAUCUACUGGUUUAUAAGAAGGCACCCACCGCAUUGAAUCCAGUACCUUGCUUUUGUUGCAGCAAGAUGUCAGCAUACCAGGAGAAAUAUUCAAUGCAUAAAAUAUAAGACUAACACUGUCUAGACAAAGUUCUUUGUGUUGAUGAUAACAUUUCAAACAUGAACUGAAAAAAAACAGCAAUUACUGAGCCAGUGCAGAAACUCCCAAGAUAACAUCAGGAGUCUGUAAGUGAAAGAAAUAUUGUGUAACUGGGGACCUGAAAUGAGGAGAUUUAGUGCUAAUCAAAGCUCUGCCAUUAAGUGUAGGCAAUAUGUUCAGCCCUGAUCAAAAACAUGAAAUGAAGAAAACAGUGUCUGUCACUAUAAAAGUGGUUUUGGUAUUGAUGGUAAGAUGGAAAAAAGUGAAAAUUACUGGUGUACGUGAAUGAAUACAGGGGAGUGAAAUUGCAGUAGGUCCAUGGGUUCCUUGAUGCUUUCCACUCAGUACUUCCUACUGGUGCAGUUUUAUAGCUUCUGUAGGAUAACACUGAAUGCAAACUUUCACUUAAAUUUCAAAUUGUAUAUAAAGACUUCUUAUGCACUUUUGUUAUGAUUUUUUAACCAAUCCUGUACUUCUUGUGUUCCUUUCCUUUGCAUAUCUGCCUUUGCCAUAUUCUUUGACAUGUUGAUGGAAAAUUGACCCAACAACUUUUCAGUUAUUUUUGAUUCAUGUAAAUGCAAAGACAGAACUUGUAACUAGGAAAACAGUAUAUAAAUUUAGGUUAAUGUUUAUAUUUUAAUAACCCCCCAAAAUACUAUUCCAAGGGAAAACAAAACUGCAAAUUCCCUCGAAGUUUAAGAUGUUAGACUUGUUCAGAAGAGAAGAUCUUCAUGCUAACUUUGAGACCAAAAGGUUCACAGGAACUAUCUUUCUGUCAUGGUGGGACAGCAGUUUCCUGUUUCUGAAAGUGCAUUAACUUGCAAGUUACUGUACCAGAUACAGUAAAUAAUAAAAAUUUUGAAAUUAGCUAGCACCAACAUUUGAAAACAUUGUCCAAUUCAGUUUUUUUUUACAUAGUUUUGUGUUACGACACUUUUUAAAUGCAAGAUAUAAAGUAAUAGAAUUUUUAAAUUGCAUUAAUUAGCUGUAAUCUUUUGGGCACUUUUUUUUUUUCUCCUAUGUUUUCCUUUCUUUUAAUUUGUCAUCUUGGAUGACACGAAAGUGACAAAAUACAUACAUUAUACUUAACAGAAGGUCCAUAGUAUAGCAUAUUCUUAGAAAUUCAUAGAAAAUUACAUGACUGUGAUGGCAAUUGUCUAAAUUUUUACUGCUUACCUACAUUAAAUUCAUAGCAAAUAAAAACAGAAAGAUACUUGGUCAUUAUGAUGCCCAUUUAAUGAGAAAUUUUGCCACUUGGAAUUAGAUCAGUCGAAUUGGAUUCUACAGUUCAUAGUUGUCUUUGGAUGCAGAAGAAGGAUUCGUGACCUUGUAGUAAUCAUUAAUAACAUGGUAGAUGAUGUGAUAAGGGGUUGUUAAGAUGGAAUGUGUACAUACUGGUUACUAGGCUUGUCAAGCAUUGCACAUUUUAAUAAUUACAGCUUAGCCUUCCAGGUAAUAAUGAUAAUGUUGAUAGAAAUAUCAACAUAAAAUUCAAUAAACAGGUUGUUGUGGUGUAGUUUAAAAUGUGUAAGUGUGACAGAAAGAACCUGAUGCUUCCUGAGAAACAUGUUGAAUUAAUUGCUGUGGCAGGCGAAACGCAGUCAACAAGGCUGGAGAUUGAAAACUUCAGUCUAAACUUUGCAAGCCUUUAAUUAGCAAAGCAGUAGCUUUCUUUUAUAAACGUUUUAAAAACGGAGGUAACAAAUAGCUUUUCCAGAAAGGACAAGAAGUCAAUGCGAGAUGUUUAUUCACUCACGUUUUGCCCUUGCUCAACAGCUAUUGCGUCUUUCCUCGUGUGUGCUGUGUAAUGUGUCACUGCUAAAAAUAGGCACCCCGGCUGUCCCCAGCUGAUAGAACGCACCACGCAGCAAGCACACCGAGCCCAAGGGAAACCAGGGGUAGUGAACAUACACCAAAUGUGACACUGAGUUACUCAUAAUGUAAGCAAGACUUUGACACUUGAUGUAGUUGUUCCUAUUGAUAAGACACCAAGCAAACAGUUGAGAAAUUGUGCUGGCAAACUUCAAAACCUUGUAAAGGAAAUUCAUGUGUUUGAGGCAGGGAAGACUCAAAAGUAAAAGUUUUUGUAAAGUUCAUAAUAAUAAAAAUCAAUAGGCAAAAUUA